AUGGCCGCUCUCGUCAACAAUCCCCCCGACGUGCUGCCAACACCGAAGCAGAUCCGCUUUGUCAAUAACCAGGGCCAGCCGCCCACGAAGCGCCGGAGGAUCAAUGCCGCAUGUCUCACUUGUCGCAAGAGGAAGACGCGGUGCGCCGGUGAACAUCCCACCUGUUCCACCUGCACCAGGAACGGUCACGUCUGCUUGGGAUACUCGGACGGAACUGGACUCGACAAGAAGAGAGACCCCGAUGGCGCCCACGGUUCGACGCACCUCGACCCCGACGACGAAGACUACCUGGACGAUGAGCCCGACCUCGGCCGUAGACACUCGAAAGAUCAGCAUCACAGGAACGAGAACAACGAGCACAAUGGUAACAAGCCGUUCGAGGCCGGUCGCAUGUCCGACCCGGCUCAGGACUAUGCGACGCCCACCAUGCAGUUCAAGACGGAACGCAUAGAUUGGGACGGCCAUCAUUCGGAACAAUCGCAGCCUACACCGCGGCCCGGCAUCCUCGUUCGGCGCCCGACAAACUCGUCGACGACCGAAGACGGCCGUAGCCCUACCAGUCGGUCACCGGUCCAACAUCGCGACGAGAGCAGCCACCGGGUUCCAUACUUCCGCUACUUCGGCCCUACUGCCAUUGUGCCAGGCUUCAAACAGAUGGUUGUCAAAGUGCGUGAUAGGAGGCGGAGCUCCAUCUCCGCCACGUCACCAACCCAACCCGAUCACGAACUGGGCCACAUCGAGGAUAUGCCUCUCUACGACCCCACUGACGAGAAUGAUGUAAGCCCGGUCAUCUUGGACCUCGUCGACACCUUCUUCUUGCGCCUCGGAAGCAAUUAUCCCUUUCUACGGCGCGACAAGUUUCCAUCGCUAGUGCGAGAGAAACGCGUCGAGCCUAUCUUGGUCGACGCCGUAUGCGCUUCGGCCGCUCGCUUCUCCGAUAUACCCGUGUUUAGGAGGUGGAAUGAUGGGAAGCUGGCCAAAUCCGAGUAUGGCCAGGUAUACGCUCAACGUGCAAAGGAAAAGACAGUCGAAACGUUCCCAUGCCCGUCAGUUGCCGCCGUCCAGGCAUGCUUGCUGAUGGCGUACGUUGGGUUUGGGGCCGACCAAGACAGCGCCCUCUGGAUGUAUCUCGGGGUAGCCAUCCGUAUGGCCGUGGACCUGGGCCUUACCAAGAAGGACGGGGUGAAGUAUCGAAAUGCGAAAGGCCAUCAGUAUGGCAACACAUGGCCGGAGAGACAGGCGAGUGACGAUUCUACCGGCGACAGUCAAUCAGCUGGCGAUGAAGAUACGCUGAGUCCGGAAGAGCAAAAGGAAUUCGAACAGGAGCGUGUCGACACAUUCUGGUCACUUUUCUUCCUGGACCGGGCCAUCUCCUCCGGUACUGGUCGCCCGGUCACCCUCAAGGACGAUGACUUUGAUCUGGAACUGCCCAAGUCGUCCAUCAACUCGUCCUCUGGCUGGCCUGACCCGUAUGCGUCGCUUCUGCGGAUCCUGCACCUCUAUGGACGGGUAUCCGAUGUCCUGAAUAACAUCAGCCAUCCGGAGGACCUCACACGGGACAGAUUGAGCAAACUCGUCCAGCUGGAGAACGAGCUUACGAAUGUCCACCAGAAAAUGGAUUCGCGACUCCGAUUUGAUGCCAAAAAUUUUAAAGCUCAUGUGGAUAAUGGACAGGGGACGACCUUCAUCCUUCUGCAUUUCUGGUUUCAUGCCUCGAUCAUCGUCCUUCACCAGCCGACGCUACUUACAGGGUCGGUGACGAUCGACCGGAAGCACCAACUGAAGCCUCACAGUCGAGAGCUGUCCAUGUCGAGUGCUAAAACCAUUACCGAUAUCCUUGCCUUUGCCGAGCUACUGGAUCCGAAAUGCUUCAUUGGCAAUCCAUUCACAUCACAGCCAAUAUAUAUAGCGGCGUGCGCAUUCAUCAUGGAGUCAAAGAACAGCCCAUCGCAUCCGACCUCAAGGAACACAUCGCCCCCACCGGAGUUAAGAGGCCACGAAUAUCGCAAUACGUUAUCUGCCGCCGACAUGAACGCGUCGUCAAAGCACCUACUGCUGGCACAGGCCGCAACUCACAACUACCAAAGAUGCUACAAGGCUCUAAAGCAAAUGCACGCAUAUUGGGGCGGUGUCCGCUACAUCCUCACUGCUUUGGAUUUUAAAUCGAAUGGCCAAUGGGAAUGUGAGACGUUUACCACCGAAGAGUACGAGAGCACCAGGCGAGAUCGGCGGAACAGUGCCAUUCAGAGGUUUGGGGCUCGCCUCGAUUACCCGGCCUCACCUAUGCCAGACAACGGGCCAUUGGCUUGGUCCUUGACUGGAACGACCAACUCACCCAAGUCAAGUUUAACUCUUCUUUUCCAGAACCCAGUGGCGAACGGGGGGAUGAUUCAACAUCACCACCAGCAGCAACAUCAGCAACAAAACCAACACCAACACCAACAUUACCAACAUCAUCGACAAGUUAUGCAGUCACCUCAGCAAACCGCGGCACCCAUCAUGCCUACAUCGGCACCCACACCACCUGGGAACAUGAUAUAUGACCCCAUUCGUCAGAGUCUCCCGCCGCCGCCGCCGGAAUCAACGUCCAUGUACCCACCGGCGUACCCUCAACCCAAUACGUCGGCUCUACGUCAUUCAGUGAGCCACCCUCGCCGGGUCUCGGGCUCAUCGAUGCAAGGGAAAUCACACUUGCGGUAUGAAGGUUUCACUCAAGACGAUGUGAGCAGGGGACCUUCGACCCCUGACCGCAAACUGGGCAUGUCCUUGCCUUCGCAAGGCUCCACGACUGGCGCUUCCAUGUCAUAUGCCCCCUCCCCAUCGGCGUACGACCCAUCCAGUUUCACGACUGGUGCCUCUCCCUCUAGCACACAAAGCCAAGCAUUCGCAAACACGAGCCACUCGACACCCGGCGGAGGCACUUCAUAUUCCUCGGAUGGCGGGCCGUCUAAUUUCGCUCAGAGCGGCAGCGGCCUUGCAGGAAGCGGCUACUCUUACAUGGGCCCCGACCUUCACCUGCAAACCUACGAUAACGAGACAGAUAUCGGUCAGUACCUGACCAGUUUCGAGCAUACCGACAUGAUGAGCUGGUUUGGCGACUAUUUCCCGAAUGAUGUCUUGGGCUUCUAUUCGGGAGACUCCAGCUUGGGAUGA